UUGUGAUUGGGAUUUGCAUAAAACCACUUUAUGGGGAAAGAUAUGGGCGAUUAUCUUUAAUUUUGCAAUAUUGAAGCUAUGCACUGCAUCAGCAAAAGUAAUCUUUGAACAAAAUCACACAUUCUUUUCUUCCUACAAGAAGCGGAAGUCAACGAUUCGAAAGCAACUUUUGGUGGGUCAUUUGAAAAGUGAACCUCAACCUGCAAACAUCAUGGAGACUGAUGAAGUCUCUGGAGACGGUCCCGAUAACAGUCUGCAACACACAACUGAUGUCCAGACUAAGAUAAUGAACGAACCCUGCGAGGAUCCUGUCUCUGUGAAAGCUCCUGUUAUAAUGGACAAUGGGCAAGGUGAUGCACUAACAGAUUCUACUGGAAACAAUGAUGGAAAUCUUAAUACUGAAGUCAAUGGAGAUUCGCCAGAAAAAUCUGUUGAGAGAGAAGAAAAUCAAUCUGCAGAUUCCAAUUUAGAACCCAAUGAAGAUAUCAAUUUAGAGCCCAGUGUAGAGUUGAAUCAGGAACCUGAUGAGAAUUUGAAUCAAGAACUUAAUGAAGAAUCGAAUCAAGAAAGCAACAUAGACCCAAACACAGAAUUCAAAGAAGAGUCAAAUCAAGAACUCAA